AUGUCCACAGUGCUAGACGUCCAUAGCUGGCUGGUGGUCAUCACCUUCAUGGUCGUCAUUAUCAUCGUUAUCCAUCCCAUCCGUCUCCCACUCCCCAUCCCCACACUCACCUCAGCACAGAAGACUCAGCAUGAUCAGGACCUAAAAGAGACCAACAAGCAGUCGAGGACCUUGAGGUUUCCAUAUUCGAUCGAGCUGAACAUUGCGACCGCACCCGUUAUAGGAGUACUCUUCCUCCUGGCGACCCUGUCCAUCGGCGGGGACAGCGUCAGGGACGGCAUUGUCGGAGCCCCAGACAGUGGAGUGGAGCCUUAUGCGGUCAUGAUUCUCUUUUUCUCGCUGGCAUACAUUUGCAUCAGUCUGGACAUGACCGGCGUGUUCCAGUACGCCGCCUUCUGGAUCUCAAAGCGUGGAGGUGGCGGCGGCCAACGGAUCUUCCUCUCCUUCUUCCUGCUCUCGACAGUGAUGGCAGGCCUUACCAGUAACGAUGUCGUCGUCCUGACUAUGACGCCCUUCCUCGUCUACUAUUCCCAUGCUGUCAAUCUUGUCACUCCGGUAGCCUUUCUCAUGGCCGAGAUUCAAACCGCCAAUAUCGAACCAUAUUCUAACCCAGGAUACGAACCCUCCAUGGCCCUGUAUAUCGGAAACUUGACAAACGUGGUCGCCUGUCAAGCCUACAAAAUCUCAUUCCUCGAAUACAGCGCAUGGAUGCUCCUUCCCUGCUUUGCGUCCAUAGCUGCCUGUUAUGUCAUGCUCCGGCUCAACUUUCGAGGCGAGCAAUACAUUCCUUCCCGUCUCCAGUCCCCAAACAUCGAUCCUCGAUCCUGCCUUAUCGAUCCUUGGGGCGCAGUUUUUGGCCUAUCUGUUCUGGCAUGCUCGCUGAUCUGUCUGAUCGGGACAUCAUUUGCACAUGUAUCCGUCUGGAUUGUUACGGGGCCUUUUGCCCUACUAACCCUGGCUAGAGAUAUGUGGUACGACUGGCAGGGAAAGUUCAAGGGACUCCACACAAUGACUCUGACCCUGGAGGAUGGUGGUGCAAAAGAAUUGAACGUUAUCUCAAAGAAGGCAGAAGGGGGAACGGAAAGUCGUUUAGAGCAAGGAUUGCCGGUAUUCCAGACAACCAUCACAGGGUCGGAUAAGAGCAGUGAUGGAUCAUCGACGCAUUUAGGAGCAAAUAGCGCCAUCGCCGACACUGCUGGUAGGCCGGAACUGGAGAAAGCGCGUUCUUCAGACAGUGUAAAGGUUACAACAGAGUCGAACAACGUUUCUGGAUUGCUCAAUAACGACCACGCCGUCAUCGCGCCUACUGCUAACGACAGCAACAGCACGGAGCACCAUCCCAAUGCGAUCCAGAAGUUCUCAGGUGCAUUCGAGCGACGACUCCCUCUCCUCCAUGCAAUCGCGAUCCGUAUGCCCUGGGCAAUUCUGCCCUUCACCUUCAGCAUGUUCAUCCUGGUCGAGGGUCUUUCGCACACCGGUUGGAUUGGAAUCUUUGCCUCCUGGGCUACACACCUGGUUCCGAAUUACAUUGCCGCGACCUACGCCAUUGGCUUCAUCUCGGUCCUGCUGUGCAACAUCUUUAACAACGUGCCCAUGACGAUUCUGGUUGCUCGCAUCCUACAGCACCCGGAAUUUGUCAAUUCACCUUUAGCGACCCCGGAGGUCGUCAAGGGAUGCUUGUUCGCGCUGAUCGUAGGAAGCAACUUGGGUGCAUGCACGACCUUGAUCAGUUCGUUGGCGGGGUUGAUGUGGGAUUCAGUAUUGAGGAACAAGAACGCGGGCGUUGGGUUCUGGGGGUUCCUGAGAUGGAAUAUGGGUGUGAUGCCCGUCGUCAUCUUUGUAGCAUUGUCGGUCGUUGUUGCAGAACUGGCUGUUAUUUUCUGA